AUGGGGUCCCCCCCACCAGCGGGAUCAAUCUGCUUUAGGCUGAUUGUCGAAAGUCAGUACCAUCCCGUUAAGGACAGCCACCCCGCGACGAUCCUGCAGCCCGGUGACCCGCACGCAGCCCCUGCUUUUAGUACGCGGCGUAGUACCGUCGGGGACGAAAAGGGGGGAUCCUAUCUGAACCUCAACCCAGACCGGUUUAACGGGUUUGCUCGCUGGGUCACGGAACACGCGCGUACGGAGGCUGUUGACGCGGAUCUGCUCGCAGAAUCUCAAGCAGACCGCUUCGACCGGGCCCAAGAGAGGGAUGCCCCAUAUAGAGGGGAGCUGCCAUCCGAUGCGUACUCGCCUUUACGAUAA